CUGCCCAAUCCGCUCCAGGCGGUCGGAUCCCGGUUCAGUCCAGCUCAUGCACAUCUGGAGCCAGGCGGCGGGGAACCAGGGGGAUGAGACGGGACCGAGCGGCGUUUGCAGCGGCAGCUCCCUGCAUUGCAACAGAGGAUGCUGGGGAACCAGGCUGUUGAAUAUCUGAGGAGCAUCUCUCGUCUCGUCUCAUUCUUUAAAAUGAUUUAUUUUGCCAUGGGCAGCAGUGAGUAGACGCAUACACACACAGGUCGUGCAGAGGACCUGGUGUCAUCCUUAAAAUUCCUCCUGACAGGAUCAUACUGAGGGUGCGUUUUUUUUUUUUUUAUAUUAAAUGCGUCUUCGAAGUUGAGCUGUUGCAACCAAUAGGAUUUGUUUCCAGCCUGAAACCACUGAUUCCGGACUGGACUCGUUGGCAGAGAUCAGAAAUCUUUGCAGCAGCAACAGUCAAGUUCAUGAGGAGGAUAAACUAUUGCCUUGAAUCAAACUUUAUCUUUGAACUUGCGGGUUUUGAUCUGUCCGACUGCCGCGCGCCGACACCCCUUCCCCUCCAACGCACCUCAGCACCAGGAAGGGUGAGAGAUGGAGAGCUGCAGGUGACUUACCGCCGCCUCAGGAAGUCUACUGGGGGUUUACUGGACAGUACUGGGGAUACCCAGGGGCCCCGGACAGGAUGAUGUAUGGGCGCUACACGCAGGAGCUCGGGGUGUACGCCAAAGAGGAGGCAGCUCGGCUGAGGGAGAGCGGGCAGAGGCGGUCGGUCAGCGAUCGGAGCCGGGCCCUCGACCUGCUGGAGUACGACAAGGGACGCUGUGCCAAGUGCCGCAGGUCAGGGUACCCGUAUGUUCUGGAAGCCCCGGCCCACGACUUUAUCUCUGUCUGCACGGUUCGCUGUCAGAAGUUCCUGAUCUCGCGGGUCGGGGAGGACUGGAUCUUCCUCAUCCUGCUGGGACUCCUCAUGGCCCUGGUCAGCUGGGUGGUGGACUUCUGCAUCGCCAUCUGCCUACAAGCACAGAAGUGGAUGUACGGUGGUCUGGACAGUAACGUGUUCCUGCAGUAUCUGGCCUGGGUCACGUACCCCGUCGUCCUCAUCACCUUCUCUGCCGGCUUCACCCAGAUCCUCGCCCCGCAGGCUGUUGGUUCAGGUAUCCCAGAGAUGAAGACCAUCCUGAGGGGGGUGGUGCUGAAGGAAUACCUCACCUUCAAAACGUUUGUUGCCAAAGUCAUCGGCCUCACCUGCGCUCUGGGCAGCGGCAUGCCACUGGGCAAGGAGGGUCCGUUCGUGCACAUCGCCAGUUUGUGUGCAGCUCUCCUCAGCAAGUUCAUGUCUCUGUUCGGAGGAAUUUAUGAGGAGCCUGGUCUUGUAGGGAUUAAGGAAGCCAGUCUCAUAGGAAUGAAGAAUGAGUCGAGGAACAUUGAGAUGCUGGCAGCAGCCUGUGCUGUGGGAGUGGGCUGCUGUUUUGCUGCCCCCAUAGGAGGAGUGCUGUUCAGUAUUGAAGUAACGUCCACAUUCUUCGCGGUGAGGAACUACUGGAGAGGUUUCUUCGCUGCUACCUUCAGUGCCUUCAUCUUCAGAGUGCUGGCUGUUUGGAACAGAGACGAAGAAACCAUCACAGCUCUGUUCAAAACCCGUUUCCGACUCGACUUUCCCUUUGACCUCCAGGAGCUUCCUGCCUUCGCUGUCAUUGGUAUUGCCAGUGGUUUUGGUGGAGCUUUGUUUGUUUACCUGAACCGACUCAUUGUGCAGUUCAUCAGGAAACAGAAGGCCAUCAACAAAUUCCUCAUGAAAAAACGUCUGCUGUAUCCUGCACUGGUCACUUUACUUGUUUCCACACUCACGUUUCCCCCUGGCUUUGGACAGUUUAUGGCUGGCAAGCUCACCCAGAAGGAGUCUCUGGUGACGUUACUGGACAACCGCACGUGGGCCAAACAGGGCAUCGCCGAGGAGUUCGACUACAUCGGACACUCCCAAGCCUGGAAACACCCGCAGGUCAACGUCUUCGUCACCCUGGUCCUCUUCAUCGUCAUGAAGUUCUGGAUGUCUGCCCUGGCCACCACCAUCCCAGUGCCCUGCGGAGCCUUCAUGCCAGUGUUUGUUAUUGGGGCAGCUUUUGGUCGUCUGGUUGGAGAAAGCAUGGCAGCCUGGUUCCCAGAUGGCAUUCACACAGAUGGCACCAUCUACCCAAUAGUGCCAGGAGGCUACGCUGUCGUGGGUGCGGCGGCCUUGUCGGGAGCGGUCACCCACACGGUUUCCACCGCAGUCAUCGUGUUCGAGCUGACUGGCCAGAUCUCCCACAUCCUGCCGGUGAUGAUAGCGGUGAUCCUGGCCAACGCCGUGGCCCAGUCCCUGCAGCCCUCCCUCUACGACUCCAUCAUCAGGAUCAAGAAGCUGCCCUACCUCCCAGAGCUGGGCUGGGGACACCACGAGAAGUAUAAUAUCCGUGUUGAGGACAUUAUGGUGCGGGACGUGCGAUACAUCACUCUCAACUGCUGCUACCGAGACCUACAUAACGUCCUGCUGACGGGUCACCUGAAGACCCUGGCCCUGGUGGAGUCAGCUGAGUCCAUGAUCCUGCUGGGCUCCAUCGAGCGUGCCCAGCUCCAGUCGCUGCUGUCCCAGCAGCUCGGUCGGCCCAGGCGUCUGGAGUACAUCAGGGAGCGAGCCGCCGCGGAGAAGAAGCGCCUGUCGGUCGUGUCGAACCCCUGCAGCGAGAACGACAGCCACCGGGCCAGUCAGGAGGUUCGCUUCCAGAUCUCUACCGAGGAAUCAUCCUUCAGUCCUACUCGUCCAGUCCCUCAGAAGCCACUCAAACCUGCUCUGAAGAGAUCCUCUGUGGUUGAGCGACCCACCGAGAUCCCCAGCAGUCCAAACGAUAACUCGGGCAUUGCUUUAAAGAACCUGUUCUGUGCCAGUCCAGACACAGAGGGCCUGGAGAAAAACAACAACAUGGAGAGCCCCACGUCUCCUGAGCUCAGGAAGCCGUCCAAAAGAGUCAGGAUAUCUGUCGUGGAGCCACCACCCAACUUAAAGAGUCUCUUUGGGGAUGAUGGAGAUCUGGAGGACGACAUGACCAUCAGAGAGAUUGCAGAGUGGGAGGAGAAGCAGCUUGAUGAGCAGGUCAACUUCAACAACUGCAAGAUCGACCCCGCCCCGUUCCAGCUGGUGGAACGCACGUCGCUGCACAAGACCCACACCAUCUUCUCCCUGCUGGGCCUCGACCACGCCUACGUCACCAGCAUUGGACGUCUCAUCGGGGUGGUUUCCCUCAAAGAACUCCGUAAGGCCAUCGAGGGCUCAGUGACGGUGAAAGGUGUGAAGGUGCGUCCUCCUCUGGCCAGCUUCCGCGACAGCGGCACCAGCAGCAGUGAGAACGAGGCCACCGAGCUCCACAAGCUGUGGGACCGCCACAAGUCCAUGUCGCUGCCCCGUGAGCACACCCCCUCCGAGUCCGACGAGAAAUCCCAGUGAGGGAAAGUAGAGGAAGAGGAGGAGGAGGAGGAUGAAGAGCAGGUGGAGGAAGAGGAGGAGGAGUGAGGCAUUGAGGUCUUUAACCCCCCAAAGCCACAAACAUGCAAAAAAUCCUCAGGGCUUAGGAUCAAUAUUUAAUCCUGGAAAGAGUUCUCUUGUUACGCCAGCCUCCUCUCAACUCCUCAUCUACUCCUCUCUCCCCCUCCACCAUCACUCUGCUUCACGGACCCCCCCCCCCCUUUCUCCUGGAGCCUUGCACUGACCAAGCCAGACACUCCACAGGAGGGUGGAACACAACUCAACCUGUGCCCUGCUCUCCGUUUUCCCCCGUCGGGAACCCACAGCAGAGCGAAUGUGGAUUAGGGAGGAGGGAAAUAAAAAAAGACGCAUGUUGGUGGAAACCAACAGAGGAACUGGGACUGGGCUGAAAUCUUUAAAAAAGGGAUGUUUUUUUAGCUCAUGUAUCUUUAGAGUUGAGAUCAGAGUUUGAAACCUGCAGGAGUUUUUCUUUUGAACGAGUCUUCCACUUGAGCAGAGAAAUUCAGCAAUGAUGACAAGGAAGAAUAAAGUAUGUGUGUACUGUAAGUGUGAGUGCGUGAACCGAGAAAAUGUGAGCGUGCAUGACGAAGGAGGUAGCAAACGACUAUUUCUUAAACGUUUGUUUGUUUUUUUAUUGCCGUUAGAACACAUUUCAGUCUUUGUUUUCCAGCUUGAUUAAUUUAAUUUCUGACUGAUCAGGUGGUCUGGGUUUAACUGGAAUUUGCCAUUUCUUUGUAACGUUUCACCCACUGUCGAGCGUUGAACUCAUACAGGGACAGAUGCCUUAGUUUUCUGUGUUUUUCCAGCUUCCAUUAUUCCUCUUUUCCUUUGCUCUUCUCAUCUCGUCAGCGCGAGUCUUAAUGGUCAGGUUGAGAGUACAGUCUAUGCAAGCAGACAUGCCUGUUGGCAGCGGCGGAAGCACCUGUAGCCCCCUUUUUCAUAACGUCCGCACUCCUCUCAUACUGUAGCCGCAGCCUCGCAUCACAAAGACACGUAAGAAACACACACAAACGCUCCGUGGCGAUGCACUCCGAGAGCGGAGGUUUUCUGCUUAUCUAAAUAUAGCUCUUAAUAACCGUUCCAGAGGAGGUUGGGGCGGGUGGAGAGGGCAGGAAGCGAGGGGAGGGAGGAAGAGCAGGGAGCAAAUGGAUGGCUGAAAGAAUGAAGACAUCAUUGCCUAAGCAGCUGCUCUGGGCCCUCUCAUCAAUCUGCCCUUGAUCGCCAUGUUAGCUAAGCUAACCAGCUCUAUGAUGUAAUGGUGCAGGGCUGAGGAGGCAGACACUGGUCACGACAUGUGCAGCACUAGAUGACAGUAUGUGAGCAGAAUCAGCUUGAUUAAUGUGGACCAGUAGAAACACUAAAGGAAAUCCAUAACUGACCAAUAAGGAAGUAAAAUUCACCCAAGUGACCAAUGGGAAGCCAUUAGUACAGAAGAUUAGCACUGCUGCUAUUCGCCACGUGUGGAUGUUUAAACCAGGAAGUCCAGCCAUUUGUUUUGACAGCAGAGUGGGUUCUGACUCAGCGAGCAGCCUGACAUGACAGAUAACGUAUAAGUACUGUGUAUUUAAAAAUUCAUGUCUGCUAUAAAGCUGGAGGCUCGUCAGCGCGCUCUCUGCUCAUCGACAGAAACACAUUGAUUUGUUUUCCCUCUCCUCCAUCCUCCUCCGUCUUUUCCACUUCCACUUCCAUUUUUUUUUACUGAUCUUGCCUGUGUACUGUACUUCCUUUAAGACACACUCCUCUUCUUGUUUGUGUUUUUUAUUUUCUGUCUUUUUUUCCCCCCCUCAGACUUUGCGCUACUGUUUGGAUGCCUUAAGAACUCACUCACACUCAGCUUAACGAUGCAUUGCAUGGAUUUUACUUUCGGUGCUGUCUUGUCUUACUGAAGGUAAAACUCUCACAGUAAAACAGCAUGGCUUUGCAUGAGAGAGUGCAUGUGGAUUUGUUUUAUGUGAUCAAACUGUACCAAAAACAAACGCUUGACAGAAAAUGAAAACCGGACGCGUGAAUGAUGUCGUUUUACGUCUGCCAUCUUGUGCCUGUGUUAUUACUUAUGUAUCUUUACACUUAUCGCAACACUUUGAUUGGCAUCUUCAAUUCACCCAAUGAGCUUUAUCUGUUGCCUGAUGUAAACUGGGGGUGUGGUCUUUGGGUUAGCAGAGUUAUACUUACAGAUUAAUAUAUUUAACAUCAUUCCUGUAAUAUAAAAUCAUAAUUUAAUGUCUUAACCAAUCUUAAAUUUUAGGGCUUGUUAUGUGAUGUAUUGUUUUGUUCACAUUUGAUGAUUUUUAACGUUGAUUUUCAUGCUGUCCUUUAUUGUUUUUUUUUUUUUUUUGUUUUUGUUGACAUGCUGUCUGAAACAUUUCUACUAAGAGGUUUAUUUGUAAAUUGCAAAAUACACUAUCGGGGUGAAGGCUGGCAGUGGCUGCCUGAUAGGAAAAGCAGAAGGAAUGUAACUGUGAGGCCAGGGCGAGCUGAGCGUGUGGUCUGUUAGCGUUAGCAUGUUCAUUCCACAAGUGCCUGCAUCAACUUUCCUCUUCUUUAUCAACAGGAAUAAGCAAAUCGGCACCCAAGUGUUCGGAUCUGUUUGCUUUCUUUCUAGUCAUGCAGACAAGGCACGUUUCCACAAAUACAAAUACAAAUGUGGAAGCAGGGUGGAUGAUGUGUGCAAUUAUCACCAUGGCAACCUGUUGUCGUCGUCUUACACACACGCACACACACACCGCCACCCUGCUCCCCCUCUCUCACUCUCCCUCACCCCAGGGACUGACCGAGAUCCACUCAUCUGAUUUGGUUCUGUUCAUUUGUUUGUGCUUUUCAUCGAUUUUCAUUACUCUGCCUUCAGCCGCAGCCUUCCUCCCCCUCCACGGACUCCUCUGAAUAUUUCAUUUCAUUUGCUACCAGACAGAUAUAGACCGAGGUAGAUGCAUAUUUAUUAGUCUGUAUUAAUCAAAAGUAGAAAUUUUGUUGUUGUUUUUUCAUUCUUUUUAUGGAUGAUCUACUUGUUGGUAAUCAAUUUGUGCAAUAACGGUUGUUCAUCUCACUUUGUAAUCCAGUUUUAAUUGAUGACGUGAAUGCAAGAUAACCUUAUUUUUGUAAAGAAACCUGAAAAGUGUAAAAAGAUGUAUGUAUAUGAGGAGAACUGACGCUCACACCACAGGAGCUCGAGUGUGAUAAAGUGAAGUUUGGUUUAAAGAGGGAAGGUUUCCCAGAAGCCUCGGUGAAAGCACUAGAGUCAGCAUUUGAAAUAUUUAAGACGCUGUUUACUCCUUUAGGUGUUCGGUUCACGUAGAAAAACAGCUUUGACUCCUCGUUCUGGCUUUUGGGAAACCUUCUCCAAGUAAAAGACUCUGGUGAAUCCUGCUGCAUGGACCGUAACUGGCGCUCUCUUACAUGAACCCCCAAAGCGCUGAGGCCGGGUCAGUUUUAUCACGCUCCCCUUGAUCCUCUCGUUCAGUCUGAGGGGUUUUGAUAAGACCUGAUCUCACAUCAGCUGUUGAGGGGGAUCUUUUAUCCACUCCGUAGGGCUCUUAGGAACUGUACGUUGUACAUACUGGACGCCUCCACUACGGCAAACCCCCUGAGGCCAAACCAGACAGAGCUGAACAAAAUCCAGAGCUAUUUUUCACACAGAAAAAUGAAACAUUGUUUUGUAUAUCAGGGAUGAAUAAAUUGGAUUUUAACAAACAAG